AUGGCCAGUGCAUUCCAGCGGUUUGAAUUGCUGCGGCGCAAGCAGCUCACGCCAACCGCAUGCCUCCUGCGCUUCGCCGUUCCCGGUGGGCAGCCCCUCGGUGGCUAUGACCGGACGGCUCCCACAGGAGUCAAGGUGCAGUUGCCGGGCCGGGAUGGUUCGAGCUUGGAGAAGUCCUAUUCUCCGGUCUCGCAUCCGUCUCAGGUCGGGUUCUUUGACUUGCUGGUGCGUGCCUAUCCUCCAAGACCUGGGGGAGGGGUUGGCGCAUAUCUCUGUGGCUUGCAGCCAGGGCAGGGUGCUCUCAUGAAAGUGAAACCCGAAAGCUUCAGCAGCCUUUGCGGUGCUCCGCUGCGGCCGGGCCGCUGGGACCAGAUAGGUCUCAUAGCAGCCGGCACAGGUCUGGCACCGCUGUUGCAGGUCGCACUGGAAGCGCUCUCAUGGAGGGACACCACCCGACGCUUAGCCUGCAAAUGUGGCAAACGCCAUCUUCCAGCGCCGCAGGGAAACGGCAGGCGGUUUGCAGAAGCUGUGGCUGAGUCAGCCUGCCAGGAACUUGAGCUGCUGGUUCAGAAUCCGGCAAUCCGCAUCUCGUACCAGCUGAGCAAACCUGGACCUGGAUGGUUCGGCUCCCAGACGUACAGCCAGCUUGGGAUAGCCAUCCGAUUGCAGUGGCCGCCUGUCAAAAGCUGUGCUGGAACAACGUUUACCUUCGCCAGACUCUCGCAGUGCCCUCAGCCCGAUUAG